CCGGAUAUGACUCGCGGGGAUCUCAGGCUGCCAAACUGAGGGCGUUUUUUCCUCAAUCUUGACUCCAGAGUUUUCUUUCCUGGGUGUUGCCUGCCUGGAUCACAACUUUGUAGUUACACUGGGUGUUGCUUAGAGGUGUGGUUUAUUGUAGCCACCGUUAGCUAGCUGAGCUAACUGAGCCUGUUGGGAGCGACCGAGCCGUCCGAUGCAGGCCAUUAAGUGUGUGGUGGUGGGGGACGGGGCCGUGGGAAAAACAUGCCUCCUCAUCAGCUACACGACCAACGCCUUCCCUGGGGAGUACAUCCCCACAGUCUUUGACAACUACUCUGCCAAUGUGAUGGUUGAUGGGAAACCAGUGAACCUGGGCCUGUGGGAUACAGCUGGACAGGAGGACUACGACAGACUCAGGCCUCUGUCCUACCCACAGACAGAUGUGUUCCUGAUUUGCUUUUCGCUAGUCAGUCCAGCCUCCUUUGAAAACGUCCGUGCCAAGUGGUACCCUGAGGUGAGACACCACUGCCCCAAUACACCCAUCAUCCUGGUUGGCACCAAGCUGGACCUGAGAGACGACAAGGACACCAUCGAAAAGCUCAAGGAGAAGAAACUCUCCCCUAUCAUCUACCCCCAGGGCUUGGCCAUGGCGAAGGAAAUAAGUUCAGUGAAGUAUCUGGAGUGCUCAGCUUUGACACAGCGUGGCCUUAAGACCGUGUUCGACGAAGCCAUCAGGGCGGUUUUGUGCCCCCCUCCCGUCAAGAAGAGGAAGAGGAAGUGCACAUUAUUGUAAUGGAGAACCACAGGGAGUAGAAAAACAUGGCUGCAGUCAGAACUCACCUCCUUAAAGGGAAGAUGGCUGGGUUUCCCAAAUAUGUAUUCACCCCCUGUGUCCUUGCUUACAUAGAAGCUCUGAUAGACCAGACAUCCAUCUGAAAGAACUUCACAGAUUGAAGCCGCGCUGACAGUCUUCUGUCUGCUUUGAUUCGUUGCUGCUUCCACCUGUUGAGUUUUUUUAAGAUCGACAGGAAUGAAGUGACUUUGCUAAGGCCUUGGGGAAUGUGUGGGUGGGGGGGGCUCGAUUUGGGAUCAGGGUUUGUACAUGGAAGAAGAGGGAGGAUUAAAAAAAACUUGUCACUGUCCUCUGACAUUAUGAAGAAACACUACUUGAACAUAAUUUUUAUGACAUUAGCGUAGAUUUGAUUCUGUAAGAGAAGGAUUCCCUGCACUACACUCUCUCCCCUUCACACUAAGAUUCCUGCUGCCUUGAUGAAACUUUACUUUACGAAAAAUGUAUGUAGAAACUCUAAUUUCUCCUUUUUUCACGGUCAGUCUGUGGUCUCAGCUGUGGUUGACUAACCAUUUUGUUUACAUGCGUCAUCCGACAUGUCUGAGUUGUUGCCAAAACUCAGUCAACGGUCAUCACUUUGUAGUCACUCCAUGAACACUAACAUGAUUUCUUUCUUUUCAAUUUUUUAAAAAUGUACAGUACACCAUGAUUUAGACUUAUUUUAACCCUUAGAUGACUUAUAAUGAUUGUAGCAGUAACAAGCAUUUAGAUAUUCAACAGGUUAUUAUCUUGUUUUUGUUUCUAAAAGUUCCCUUGGUGUAUUGGUCAUUUCUGACUGUGUUUUAAGUGAACACUGUAUUUAAUGGCUGACCUUUGGACAUUCAGUGCAGCCUUAGUUGUACUAACUCAUCAUCAGUCCACUGUAAAGCUGUCAUCAUUUAACGCUACAUUCUCACCCUGACAGUGCUUCAGAUAUUCAGGCUAUCACUCAUUGUCCCACCUUGGUGUGUAACCAUACAUCUGUUUUUAUGAAGUCUACAAGCCAGUGUGUGAGCACUAAAAGUUUGCAGCUGAUUUAUUGUGUUUUAACUAUUCAGCACAUACAUUUUGUUCUUAAAACGAGCAAUGAUCAAAGCCACAGUAAUUCUGGACUCAUUGAAUCAGUGUUUCAUCUUUAAAGCUUAAAAUGCACGCUUGGUUUCAUUCCUUGCUAAAUGUGGUUUCAUUUUCAUUUAGUAAUAUGCCGAUUUUUACAAAAAGCAAAUAAACUCAUUGAAAAUGC